AUCGUGUCCUGCAAGCCGUCUUCCCAAAGAGGGAGAUAUAUUACCAAGUUAAGGAUGCCAUGCGCCUGGCUGGUGUCGUGAAAUCCACUGCCAUGCUCUCAUCAAAACUUGGUGUGGAUGGGACCGCUGCUGGGUGGAUAAUUGAGGAAUUUACUGCACAGAUGCGCGUGGUUUCCAAGAUUGCGCUGCAUCGUCGCUCAAACCUUGCCUCUUUUCUUGAGAUGAAUGGUUCUGAAGUGGUUGAUGGACUUAUGCACGUCCUUUGGGGAAUUUUAGACAGAGAGCAACCUGACACACAGACUAUGAACAAUAUUGUUGUAUCGUCCGUCGAACUUAUUUACUGUUACGCCGAGUGCUUAGCAUUGCAUGGAAAAGACGGAGGCAGGUCUUCUGUUGCUCCUGCUGUUUCAUUGUUUAAGAAACUGUUGUUCUCUACCAAUGAGGCUGUUCAAACUUCCAGCAGCUUGGCUAUAUCUUCAAGAUUCCUUCAGGUUCCGUUCCCAAAGCAAACAAUGAUAGGUACUGAUGACGUGGAGAACCCUUCCUGUGUUCCUACGCGAGUUGAUGCUUCCGCUGGAGCUAGUGGAAGUACUCAGGUCAUGGUUGAAGAAGACUCCAUCACAUCAUCUGUUCAAUACUGUUGCGAUGGUUGCUCUACUGUUCCUAUCCUAAGGCGAAGAUGGCACUGUACUGUUUGCCCAGAUUUCGAUUUGUGUGAGGCAUGCUAUGAAGUGCUAGAUGCAGACCGUCUCGCACCACCACAUUCUAGAGAUCAUCCUAUGACAGCUAUUCCAAUUGAAGUGGAAACAUUUGGUGGUGAGGGAAGUGAAAUUCAUUUCUCUACUGAUGAUUUAAGUGAUCCAGGGUUGUUGACAGUUGCAUCUGAUGUUGGUGUGCAAAAUUCUGCGCCAUCAAUCCACGAGUUGGAACCAAAUGAAUCAGAAGAGUUUUCACCGUCGAUACUUGAUCCUGUUACUAUUUCUGCAUCCAAAAGAGCU